AUGGAACCAGUUAGUGCAUUUUCAUGCAUUUCAUUAAGUAAUUUUAGUAAGAUAGAAUUAGAUGAUAAAAAUAUAGAGCCCCUUAAACUUUUCCCAGACAAAACUGAGAAUGUUUUUUCUUCAAGGGAUUUAGAUAGCAAGAAAUUACAGCUGGAAAAUGAAGAAGAAGAAGAUGAUAAUGGCGGUGUUAUGGUUGCUUUACAUAUUGGAUUACCAGAUAAUAAUAAUGAUCAUAAUGUGAUUAGGAAGGGAAUUAGUGAUAAUAAUGAAGAUAAUGAAGUUCAAAGGUCCAAGAAUUAUUGGAUUCCAAGUGCUGUUCAAAUUCUUGUGGGUUUUACCCAUUUUUCUUGUCACCUUUGCAAUAAGACUUUCAAUCGAUACAAUAAUCUUCAGAUGCACAUGUGGGGCCAUGGAUCACAAUAUCGAAAAGGUCCAGACUCCUUAAAAGGUGUACAACCAAGAGCAAUACUAAGUGUACCAUGCUAUUGCUGCGAGGAGGGGUGCAAAAACAACAUCAACCAUCCAAAAUCUAAGCCAUUAAAAGACUUUCGCACACUCCAAACUCAUUACAAGCGUAAGCAUGGCCACAAGCCCUUUAGCUGCCGCAAGUGUGGCAAGUCGUUGGCCGUCAAAGGCGACUGGCGUACCCACGAGAAGAACUGUGGCAAGCGUUGGCUAUGUCUUUGUGGUUCCGACUUCAAGCACAAAAGAUCACUUAAGGAUCAUAUUCGUGCUUUUGGGUCGGGUCAUGCCCCCCUUCCCCCUUUAUUUGAUUCAGAGCAGUUCAAUUAG